AUACUCUUUGGUAUUCCUGGAAAAUGGAACGCCAUUUUUAUUUUUAUCUAUAUUAAUAGAUGAGGCGCGAGUUUCAAUUGUAUGUCAAUGUAGCGAAUUUAAUUCUAAUUUCUUAAAUAUUUCUUUAGAGCGAUUAUUAUAGACGAUUACUUAAAUGCAGGAGGCGAAGAAUGUUAUUUUUCAAAUGCGUUUUCCGCAAAAGCUUUGGUAUUUGCUCAACUUGGGCACAGACGCGAUUUUAUGGGGUGGCACAGGUCGAACAAUUUUGUUGAACUACAGAAUCCUGCAGAACUAUUUACAAUGCAACCAUUCAAUCUUUAAGACUACUCACAUUUCUAGUUUCAUUAGACAGUUAAACUUAUAUGGUUUUCGCAAAGUGACUUCUCAUCUCCAGGAUCCAUUGUGUAAUUCUAGUAAUCCAUACAUGCAUGAGUUUAUACAUGACAAUUUUCAAUACGGAAGACCAGAAUUGUUGAACAAAAUAACCAGAAAAGCCUUGACAAUGAAAAAAGGUUUUAGACAAAAGAUGGACUAUGAUCACAUGACUUGCAUGUCUCCUUUGCAAAAGGCAAGGCGGGCAUUGCAUUUAGCAUUACAAAAGGCAGCCCAGGAUUUAUAUGACUCAUCAAACACAAACUAUACUAUUUGUGAUGGUAAGUUUAUGACACACUAUGACAUAUUGAUCCUAAAAACCAUAUCAUAUAACAUGACUGUAUCUCAAGAUAAUCUUACAAGUUUUAUGGAUGAAGCAUGUCCACAAAAUAAUAAUUUUCCCCAACAAUUUUUGAGUAUGCCAGAUCUUGAUGAACCAAAUGAGGAAACAUCUGGUGUGGAAUUGUUAGCAGAAUUUAAUAUUGGUAGUGAAAUAGAUCAAGGUAUUAUAAUAAAGUCAAGCGAAAAAGAUACAGAAUGCAAUUCAUUGAACUGUGUCUUGCCUUCUGUAAGCAAUGAACAUAAUAUGGAUGAUAUUUCUAUGUUGGAGAAAAAUAAUGAGGACAUGAAUCACUAUAACAGUGAAUGGGACCAAAUGUUUAAUGAUAUGAUGUCUAAUAAAAGUGGUAGCCAAGAAGGAGUCUCCAAUUUACGUGAACUUUAUUCACAAAUCUCUCAAACUAUAGAUUUGCUGAAUUCUUGAUUAAAUUGGCUGAUUAAAAGUUUUCUUGCAUAGAAAUAAAGUAACCCUUUUGUAUUCUCUGCCAUGUAUUAAUAAGUAUAGUUAAUAUAAAAAAUAUUAAUUUGUUUCAUUUAUUUCUUCUGUUUUUUCUUCUCAGCUUCUUCUUCUUUCUCUUUUUCUAUUACUGACACAUAUGAAUUGAU